AAGAGAGAGACCCAGGGAAAGAGACACACAGGACAGAGACCGCAAAGGCCCAGAGAGACAGAGACAGAGAGGCAGAGACAGCGCGGUGGCUCGAGGCUAAUGGGUGCUAAGCAGAAGAUCACAGGGUGCAGGGGGCGGAGCCAGUAGCCAGUGAGGUCAGAGUGUCUGUGAGGUUGAACUCUGCAGAAACAACCUUGAAGUCCCAGGACCCACGUGAGUGGAAGUCCAUCAGAAGCCCCUGUGCGCCCUGCCUGAGCUAUGGACACCUGCGAGGAACCCAUUGUGUCCCUGGCACCCACAUAUUCCAAGGACCCUCAGGCGAAGAUGUCCGCCCAAGAGAGUUGCCUCAGCCUCAUCAAGUACUUCCUCUUCGUUUUCAACCUCUUCUUCUUUGUACUAGGCGGCCUGAUUUUCUGCUUCGGCACCUGGAUCCUCAUUGACAAGACCAGCUUCGUGUCCUUUGUGGGUUUGUCCUUCGUGCCACUGCAGACUUGGUCCAAGGUCCUGGCUGUCUCAGGUGUCCUCACCAUGGCCCUGGCUCUCCUGGGCUGUGUGGGGGCUCUAAAGGAGCUGCGCUGUCUCCUGGGCCUGUAUUUUGGAAUGCUGCUGCUCCUGUUUGCCACACAGAUUACCCUGGGCAUCCUCAUUUCCACUCAGCGGGUCCGGCUGGAGCGAAGGGUGCAGGAAUUGGUGUUGAGGACGAUCCAGAGCUACCGCACGAAUCCGGAUGAGACAGCAGCCGAGGAGAGUUGGGACUAUGCACAGUUCCAGCUGCGCUGCUGCGGCUGGCAAUCUCCGCGGGACUGGAACAAGGCCCAGAUGCUGAAAGCGAACGAGUCUGAGGAGCCCUUUGUGCCCUGCUCCUGCUACAACUCCACGGCGACCAAUGACUCCACCGUCUUUGAUAAGCUCUUUUUCUCCCAGCUAAGCCGGUUGGGGCCGCGGGCGAAGCUGAGGCAGACUGCUGACAUAUGUGCACUCCCUGCAAAAGCUCACAUCUACCGUGAGGGCUGCGCGCAGAGCCUCCAGAAGUGGCUGCACAACAAUAUCAUCUCCAUAGUGGGAAUCUGUCUGGGAGUCGGUCUUCUUGAGGUGAGCGGGAUGGCGCUGUGUCUGCAGCUACAGCGCCGAGCUCUCGCUAGAGAGCACGUGCUGCCGCUGUCAGGAGCCGAGGGUUCGAACCCUACCCCAGGGCUGAACUCUGAAGGCAGCAGCGGGCGCUGGGGCGGUCUAAGCAGCGGCAGCGGACGCAGCAGCACCCCGUGGGGCAGCUGGGGCAUGGCGGGUGCCUGCCCGACAUGGGGGGCCAAGGCUCCACAAGGCAAGCUACCCAUGGCGCUGGGGCCCUGGUCCUUGUGGGAUGCAGAGGAGGAGCCACUUGAGACCGAGAGUGUGGGUGCUGAGGAGGUCGAGGCACAGACGGAGGCUGUUGCGGAGCCUCCAGAAUAAAGGACCCUAGCUAGGCUUGCCUUGAGCUUUCUCUUUUGCAGACUGCUGCUGAGCUUUCGCUCUCAACGCUGCCAAUCACGCACAGAUGUUAUGUAUGCCCAUUCUUUGCCUCUCCCUUUGAGUACCACCCUUUCUCCAACCCUGAAGUAUCUCCUUUUUUCCCAGCUCGGCUUCAUGACGCUCUCAAUAUUCCUGUGUAGAAAUCUGGAUCACGUCUAUGACCGGCUGGCCCGGUACCGCUAGGCCCCAGCCCACCCAUCGGCACCCACGCACCUCCAUGCAGUCAGGAAAUGUUUCCUUCCUGGUUGGUCACAGGCUUGGAGCCCAUGCCUCAGGCCUCAUCCCCUGGGGACCCAGCUGUCUGCCCUAUCGACAGCCUUCACUUUCCCCACAUGGCCAGGGACUUUUGUGCCCAGCUUCCUUCCCUUCCUGGCUCCCUCCUCCCCACACCAUCUGUCUGCCACCUCCCACAUGACACCUCAAAUAAAUCCCCUUUGGGUUUUUGGC